UGUAGGUUUUAACAUGGCGGCGGUGGACGUCGUCGUGUGCAACUUGGUGACUCUGUGGAGGAUACCAGCCGUCAGACACAAAUUCCCGUGGAUGUUUUUGCUCAUUUCAGUGUUGGGCUCCAUUCUCAAAGAGUUCCAGCUCGUCCCGCAGACUUACUUCAGCAGCAGCAGAAAUGUCCUCAACGUGUAUUUUGUCAAAGUGUCAUGGGGUUGGACUCUGCUGCUGCUGACUCCCUUCCUCCUCCUCUCCAACACCGCCUUCAGCAGGAACGCCGUCUUCCUGGGCAGACGGCUCCUCUCGCUGGCGGUGGCCACCGUCGUGUGGUACUUGUGCACCGAGACCUUCUUCUACAUCGAGGACGUGACCGGAGAGUGUUUUCAAACGGACUCCAUGGACGUGAGGAGCAGCCUGUUCACGUCCAAAGCUGAGUGCAGGAGCGCCGGCUACCACUGGCACGGCUACGAUAUCUCGGGACACUCCUUCAUCCUGACUUACUCGGCCCUCUUCAUCGUGGAGGAAACUGCGCCCAUGGCCUCCCUGAAGACGGCGAGAAUGUCCACGCUACCGAGGGUGGUCCUCAACCUUCUGUAUGUGGCGCUGAACCUCAUCGUAAUCAUAUGGGUGUGGAUGUUUAUCUGCACCUCGGUUUACUUCCACGACCUGUCUCACAAGGUGCUGGGGACUGCGAGCGGGCUGCUGGCGUGGUACCUGACGUAUCGCCUUUGGUAUCUUAAACCUUUGUCUCCGGGACUUCCGCCGCAGCGCCAGCUCAAAGAACGGAAACAGCACACUUAGCUGCGCUUAUGCAUUGCUGCACUACACGCCGUUUUAAGUUAUUCCCUCUGAGCACAGAGGUCAUUGCGUAGAGGAAGACUUUCCACUGUCAGUGUGGUACAAAUGCAAAGGUUUACAAGUCGGCUUGAAAGUAUGCUUUUCCUGACCAAUGUAUUGCAGCUUCUCUGUUUUUAUAAAAGCUACAAACUAGGUAUUGCUGUUUAAACAGCAUUACGUCUUGAUCAUAACUGAAUAUGACACUACAAAUAGUGGCAGAGGAAAGGGACCAAGCCCUGCCGCGAAAAGCGAAAGUCUGCCUACAAAUCUAGGAUUCCAAAACACUUUAUUAUGUCAGUCAUCUUAAAACAUUAUCCAUACAAAGAAGAUGAUUUUGGUAAAAUAGCACCCUGAGUGCUAAAGUGCACGUCAAUGUAGUUCAAUGGCAUCAAAAUGCUUCAAGAUGGUGCCAAAACCCUGUCAAAUUAUAGAAAAGUUCUAUUAGACCAGUGGUCCACAAACAUUUUACACCAUGGACCACCCAAAAACAUUAUUGGCUCUUCAAGUACCACUACAAUGACCAAUAUUAAAAUACAAAUGCUAAAUGGACUGCACUUAUAUAGCGCUUUAGCUACACCAUCACUGUUCCCAAAGCGCUUAACAAAAGCCUCACGUUCACCCAUUCAUACACACAUUCAAGGGUGGAGUAGGCCUAAAUAUUUAUCAAGAAAAUGACACAGCGGUUGUGUUCCUAAAGUGGUAAUAUUAGAAGAAAAAGACCUAAUUUUCCAAGAAUGUCAAAAUUUAAAUUCAAAAGUUAAAAACCUUAAUGAUACAUAAAGUCAUAAUACAAGGGAAAAAAAUGAGUUAAAAAACAGCACCCCGAGCGUUACAGGAAUUAAGUGGAAAUAUUACGAGGAAAAAAAGAAAUCAAGUUAUCCGAGUCUAAAGACGGAAUACCACAAAAAGUAUGUGAAAUAUUUGACAAGAAAAUCAAAAUUAAACAACAAUAAAGUCGUUAUUACGUGAACAUUUGUAAUUUAUGAGGAUAAAGUAAGUUUUUUUAAUUGAACUAUAUCAAGGUUAAUAAAGGUAUCAGGUUAAUAAAAAAAUACCUCAAUCAAACGUUUUUAAACAGUUUUUAAGGAUUAAAUGCAAAUGUAUGGAACUUAAAAGUUAAAUACAACUGGAGUGCACUUGGGCAGUGAUCAAGGCGCUCGCCACUAAAUGGAGCCGCAUACCACACUUUGAGAAGCACAGUACUAAGUCCAAGCCGUAGAAAACAAAAGUGCGGAAACGCUUUGAAGUCACUGCACUGUCAUUGGUUAAAUCCAUGUCACAUGGUAUAAGGACACCAUGUGGUCAACCAGUAUCCCCAAUCCCAGCAUUAAUAUCCCUUACACGUGGUACAUUUUGGAAAUAGUCAAUGUCAUUGCAUAGUGACGUUAUGGGAAGCUGGGUGACAAGAUUGUGGCAGCACAUUUCAGUGUCCUGACUUUCUGUGGUUUUGUAUUAGACAGGGCUUUGACACCUUCUUCGGGUGUUUCGGAAAGAGUUAAAAAAGAAAUAAAUAAAAAAAGGGAAUUGGCAAUAGAGAAUAGCUUGCAUAAAUAAUGUAAAUAGGUAAAGUCGGGUGAAGUAGUGCAAUAAUGUUUGUGUGACACUUUCAGAGCUUGAUCAGACUGACGAAUAUCAUUUCCUGUUCCACACAAGCACGUGCCAAUAAAAUGUAUUGAACGUUUGAAUGAAAUGAAAUUGUUCAGAAUCUUUUGCAAUUUUAAUAAACAUCAAUGAUAGUGGUUUAUAAAAAUGCCCAGCUCAACACUAUAAAAAGUGGAAUUUGAAGAGACUGUUGUAAAGCAACAUGACGUUUAGCAAAUAAUUGGACGAACCCCUCGUUAAUGAGACGUCACUCAAUUACUGCAUAUGUAUAGAAUAAUGAAAGAAUAAUUCAUAGCUGAAAACAUUGCCCUCUCAGGGACAAAGUAUGCUUUCAACACUGGUGACAUCAGCAUGUGCUGAAAUACAUCAGCAUGCACUGAAAUAUACAUUUAAAAAAAGCAAUGAGGACUUUUUCUUUUAGUAUUUAUUUGUCAUUGAUGGCAACUGAAUAAAUUAAGGCUUAUGAACAAACAUCAUAAAAAUACCAUAAAUAAAUAAAUGCAUAUUUAGAAAUAUACAAAAAUAAAAAAAAUACUAUUGUGAGAUAUAACGGCCACAAUCACAAAUAGAAUUUCUUGAUUGUGUGUGCAUGAUGCAUGAGUUUCCAGGCCUUGCCGAGAGGCCGAGUCACAAUCCAACCAGGAAAUCAUAAUAAUGUAAGUUCACUUGCACUCUCCUCAUUUGCCCUUUAUCAGUAGAGGGCUUUGAUGCAAAUAUCAACAUUGUGUUCACAAUAAUAGCCAGUGUGUUUUAUAAAGUGACUCGGUGUCCUCAUGAUAGAUUUUAGUUCCGUUCACUCAAGCAGAACGCAGUGGGAACACUGCAGUCAGUUCCAUAGCAAAACAAAGAUAGCAAUUCCAAGUUCAAAGGUUAAAACUUCAGCCUUGAGGAACAGUGCUUGUUCAAUUAAAUAAAUCAGUGAUUCACAGGAGAGCAAAAGCUCACAUUUUCUAAUUGUGUCAUUCUUUUUUUCAUUUCUGUAAAGGAAUAACAUGAAUGUUUUUCCAUGUUUUGAGUUGGGAUAGAAUGUGCACUGCUCAUAAUUCACUUUGGGAGGGAUUCUGAGCAUUUUUAUUUAUAUACUGAACACAGCUGUAAUUUUGCUACUAAGUUAAAUCACACUCAAAUGUUCAUUCGCUCACAAGCCAAAACCUCCUCUAACGUCUUUAAAUUACCACACUUGUGCCAUGAGAUCACUGCUCCUCGUGCAAGAGCGAGGAUGCACGGCUAUCCAAAUGUUGGUUAAAGUUUGUCAGUGCGGUUGAAAAGAAAGUGGAUGCAGAGGUCACGAAGAGCAGUGAUUCCCAACCACAUUAGUCUACAAAUAAUGCAUCUCUGUUCAUUUAUCAAUGCCUGCGACGUAUACGGAA